AAACAGAAUAUUUUCUCAGACGUUAUUUUGAAUUCCGUCAAAAUUACAAACACGUCUACGGCGCACACAUAAAAACCAGACCGUAUAAAUGAAAUAUUUACAAACAUUCAACCUGAAAUUCUAGCUAAGCUUUAAACUAACGAUAUCGCUAAACAAGGCUGUCAAAGCGCACUCGUGCGUCACUACCUGACCGCGCAUGCGUGAACACGGUGCGCACGCGCGCUUCGUCGAAUAGAAUCCCAUGUUAACGUUUUUUAGCUACAAUAUAAGAAAAACGUCUUAAAGCUUCGUGAAGCUCAGGCUUCAUGUGGGUUAUAAAGAACAGUAUGAGGACUGCGGUGAGCUGACAGUGUCCCAGAGGACGAACAGGUUACGAGGCAUGGUUGUCUCAUGUGAUUAGCGAUGUGAAAGUGUUCACAUUCGCGCGCUGCCUUCGUUCUUCUCGGGAGCAGAUUUUUGUCACACGUUCUCUCACAGGGAAUAUCCAGGAUGAAGAAAUUUAGUCUAACCACAAUCAGAAAGUCAUUGAGCAUAAAAGGGAAAGAAGAGAACGAGUAUGCUGUGUCUCAGCCAGACCUGUCGACUGCUUUUCCUUCAGAGCCUUCUCUUUAUGGAGGCUGCUAUAGCAAGGACCUUGUGGGUGCCACCUUAGAUAACGGGGAAUUGAAGGAAUCGAAAACUCGCUCUAAAAGCGAGGGUCUUAUGGGAACCCUAAAGAGAAGACUAUCAACGAAGCAGAAACCAAAGGUCAAAGCCAGUUCUCCAUCUGUUUGCUCGAUCGAUGAUGAUGCGUUCUCCUCAUCGUCGGAGCCUAUCACGUUCCGCGACCUGAAAUCCCAGCAUUCUUCUCGCUCGACAUCUUUACAGAACCACCAUUAUAGCCCGACGCCAUGGCCGCUCAGAGUGACGAACUCGGAGGAAACAUGCAACUCCAUGGUCAACGCUCUUAUCCCGUCCAGCAACUCUAGGUUGUCUCUCCAGAAAAGCUUUCUGGGAGAUGAGAUGUUUGACGGUCAGAGCCCCGACCCUCAAAAUGGCGAUCUGGAGAUGGACGAUCACGUGCCUGUAGUCAUUGGACUCACAGCUCAGGAUUACAUUCAGUAUGCGCUGCCUUUAGACGAUGGACUUUUCUCUGAUGACGAAGCACCUCGGUCUUACUGCCUGGACGGAACAUCACCAAUGGAGGUGUUGCCUCAGAGCGAGUGUUCUCUUCAUUCCGACGAAGAUGCCAUUAGUCACGACCUCCUAUCUCCUGAGGUUUUCAUGGAGCCUUCAGUAAACCGUCUCAUUCUGAACACUGCUAACGUUCUGCUGCAUAGCUCACGCCUAGAGUCUCCUCUGCUACCUCCACUUCCUGUAAGCAGCCUUCCUGGGUUUGGUGGCACCCAAGUAUCUGAUUCGGUUCUUGAACAUCUAAGCUUUGAUCCGAACUCUGCGCCAGGAGUCCAGCGGGUGUACGACGCUGUGCAGACCAGCGGGCCAAUGGUGGUCACGAGUCUGACGAUGGAGCUGAAGAAACUGGCCAAGCAGGGAUGGUACUGGGGACCGAUCACACGAUGGGAAGCUGAGGAGAAGCUUGCAGACCUUCCAGAUGGUUCCUUUUUGGUUCGAGACAGUUCAGAUGAGCGCUAUCUUCUAAGUUUGAGUUUUCGUUCUCAAGGAAAGACACUUCAUACUCGAAUCGAGCAUUCCAAUGGCUCCUUCAGCUUCUACGAGCAGCCUGACAUGGAAGGCCACACCUCCAUCGUAGAGCUCAUUGACAACUCCAUCAGGGAUUCGGAAAACGGUGCAUUCUGCUAUUCCAGAUCGCGCUUACCCGGGUCUGUCACCUAUCCCGUCAGACUGACCAAUCCCGUCUCACGGUUUAUGCAGGUGCGAUCACUGCAGUACUCGUGCCGCUUUGUGAUUCGUCAGUACACUCGUAUAGACCUGAUCCAGAAAUUGCCUUUACCAAACAAAAUGAAAGAUUAUUUGCAAGAGAAACACUACUGAGCCGAGUCGACAGGACGCACCUCGCUUCUUGCACUUUUUAGGAUGUCAUAACAAACAAUCUUUCACAUGGUGAAUUCCACGUUUUUAUAUUUGUGCCGGAGGAGCAGUGAUGUUUGUUUUUGUUUGUUUGUUCAGUGUUAGAAUAAGUAGCAGAUGUAGUGUAAAGACGGAUGUGUGAGUGGAGUGAACAGAGCGUAUCGCUCCUGCAUGCUCAGUUAGAUGUCUGGUAUUAUUUCUGACGUGAAAUUUAAAUUCAGGAGCAAAUCCACUUACAAAGCAAGGCUAAGAGUUUAUUUUAAUUUGAACACAUUUCCCACAACGUGAACUAAUAAAUAAUCGUAGGGUCCGAGGCAUUACUGUGCUGUUUUGCCUUAUGACUUCUUUUUUAUUUAUUUAUUUUUUACAUUUUUAUUACAAUAAGCACACUAAUAAGCUACAAACCCGUCACAUUUCACUUUUCUUUGCUAAAGAAAGAAACUUGUGAUAAAAUAUGAUGUCACAGGUGUUUUACAGUGUUUGGUUUUGCAGGGGUUUGAUAACAAGAGAGAAUGUUUUGAGUUAUGUUAUGAAUCUAAAGACAUUUUUUUCAACUGUGAGUGAAACCUGAAGCAGGCUGAAGAUGUUGCACAGUUUAGAGAAAGAGCUAAAUUGUAACACCAAAUACUUUCAGAAAGAGUCGUUUAUCACAAAAUUCAUAUCCGAACAUCUUCAUCUUUCAGAGCAUGUUCUAUUUGUUUCUUUUUAUCACAUCGAUUUCUGUUUAAAAAGUAACGGAUUGUUAUUCGACAAACUUAAAAUCGUUCAGAAAACAAGUCUUUUUGGUCACAGAUCUUUUAGGUAUAAACGAAUAAAUAAGGAAUUCAUGUUGCCAGAACACAUCUAGCUAGCAGCAGUGCUAGUCAAAUUGAAUAGCUUAGCUACGUUCUAAAUAAUUUAAACACACAGGUGUUGUUGCAUCAUGCUAGUAGCGAACUUGUUUUAUUUGCGUACUGUGUGCUAAAUUUUAAUUAGUACUAAAAUUAAUCUCAAACUCAACAUUAGCCAGGCUUCGCAAAGCGAUAGACAUAAUAACGUUGGGUGUAAAUAAGUCCCUGAAUAUUUCUUACAGAAUUUAAACAUUCCUUUGAAUUUUCCCAAGCAGAUUCCUCUGUGUUCCAAACCUCUGUGUUCUCUGUGAAAAUGGAAAUCCCAUAAUGCACUGCAACAUAUUAGCGUCUACAAUGGUAAUGAAGUGUAAACUCCUCUGUUCUGAAGUUGUGGGAAAACUUCAUGUUCCAGCUUUACCUCUGACUGGUACAUACUGGUUUCCAGUAUAAAUGUUACAGGAAACUUCAUCAGCCACAUCAACAGUUUAUUUUUUUUAAUUUGUUUAUUAUCAGUGGAGCUUGUGAUGUAUGUGUCAAUUCAUCAACACCUUCUGACCAAUCAGAGUCCAGAACUCAGUUGCUCUGUGAUGUCAUGGUGCUGUAACUCUAACUGAACAGUAUUAUGGGAUGUCCCAGACGCAUGCUGCCUAUAUUAAUACUGGUUUUAGUCUCCAAUUCUGUCACAUAUGAAGGGAAAAAGAUUGAUAUAAAAAUAUAAUGUUGAAUGUCACAUGCUGUUUCUGUUGCGUUGUCAUGUGAUUUAACACCUUUUUGUUGGUGUUGUGAUGAGUUUCCUGUAGUUUUAUUACAUGUAGGUGAAAAACUGUGUUGAUGGUCAUGUGCUCAUAUUAUACAUUUAUAUCAUUGAAACAUUGAAAAACAUUUUAUGUUCACGGCGAGUAACAAUGGUGUCAUUUGGUGUUUAUAACAAUAGAUUUAAAAUAAAACUAUCAGAAGCACAUCUAAGUCAUGUGUAGAGUUCAUGAUGACAUCACACAGAUUUUCGACCUUGUCCUUAAACUCUUCCUCGUUAUUGGUACUUGUUAUUUUCCUCAACUGUAUCCCGGGCUUGUGUAGGAGCGACGUGACUUCGGCGUCUCUGUCCUGUGGAUGAUGGAUGUACAUAUGAACGUCUGUCUCGCUGCUCGUCUCUGUUUUGAUCCGUGGUGUUCUUCGUGAGCGCUGAUGCUCGUAUGAUCCAUUACAGUGGCUUCUCUCUACUUGAAUACGUGUUUUACUUUGCUCUGAGGUUAAAGUGCGCCCAUUUGAUUUGUUUCUCCUUUCAUGAUGAUUUCAGUUUAUUCGCUGCUCACAACAUAAUCAACACAUUCACUUAGUGUUCCGCUCACUAACCGCUCAGCUUGGGUCAAAACUCAGCUCCUGCGCUGUUGGACAUCACAUAAUGUUAACUAGCUAAAGAAAAUUAGAGAGACGAUUUCUAGUGAUUUGUA